UGUCUCUCGCAGGGGGUUGUAUCGAACCUUGGGUCCUGUUGUUAAAGAAGGACAUAAAUAGAGGAGUAGGGAACUGGACCGUUCAGAUUUGUUUAGAUCUUCUCAUCAAAAACAAUUCUUGAUCCAACAAAAAUGAUAUCAAGAAUGUGGAUUUUAUGGACAUGCACAGUUGUGAUAUUUUUACUGGUGAGAGAGUGUCAUUGCAUUCAAAAGACCACGUUAUCUAAGAACUGGGGACCACAGUCAAUGCUUUAUCUAAAGGGAAAACAUGGAAGACGGUUUGUCCCUGACAUUGAUGACAUUAUUUCAAAUUCAGGGUUGAAGAGCUGGUACGCAGUUCUCAAAGGGUUUCUGAAACUGAAGUCACUGAAUGCAAGAAAACAGUCAGGAUUGUUCACAACGCAGAACUUUGUUAUCCGUUAAUUGGAGUGAAGGGUUUGUGUACAGUGUGCCAUAUUUUGUAAUGUUUAAGAUUCAAAAUAAAUCUAUUUAUGUCAAAUA